AUGACCUUCUUCCGUUACAUCUAUCUCCGACUCGCACUCUUCAUUUUGCGAGGCCUGGUCAAAUUGCGAGCAAACAUCAACCCGUCUCCAGAUUCCAUCCAGCACAUUCCAUCUCGAGAGCCCCGGCGGAGCAUCAAAGCCCAUGUGUAUCAGUCAAAAAGAGACAGCGGAGCCGAGGGCUCAAAGCCACGCCCCGUCUUGAUCAAUUUCUUCGGCUGUGGCUACAUCCUGCCUCUCCACGGAAGCAGCGAACAAUUCUGUCGCCAGAUAAGUGAACAAACAGACCGCAUCGUCUUGGACGUUUCCUAUCAACUCGCGCCCGAGAAUCCCUUCCCAGCCCAACUCCAUGAUGCAGAGGAUGUGGUGAAAUGGGUCCUUAGCCAGCCAUCCAUGUUUGAUUCUUCGCGAAUCUCUCUCUCCGGCUUUAGCUCCGGAGGAAACCUUGCCUUGUCGACUGUAUCCUCGUCGUUUGCACCCGAGACUUUCCACUCCGUUCUUGCAUUCUACCCUGGCACAGAGAGCUAUCGGGAUCCGGCAACUUUGGUGCCGCCGCAGGUUGGUGGGAAGCAGAUGCCGACAUUCUUUCUGCGGGUUAUAUACGGGUGCUGGAUUCCCGAGGGCGUCGAUAUGAUGGAUCCGCGGAUCUCGCCUGGUCUUGCGGAGGCGGAGAGAUUUCCUGCAAAGGUGUUGAUGAUCACGGCCGGGUACGACUCGAUGGCUGAGGAGAGCGAGAGGUUAGCGGAGAAGCUGAAGCAGGAUCCUGAAAGACGUGUUGUCUGUGAGCGGAUGGACCGGUGUAAUCAUGGGUGGGAUUUGAAGGCCGAGCCUGGGACAAGGGAAUGGGAGUUGCGGUGCAAGGCCUAUAGUAUGGCUGUGCAGAUGCUCCAGUCAUAG